GCCCGUGUCGCCCUCGUUUCGGAGCGAAAGCUAUGGCAAUUCGCUCGCACUCUUGCACGCGUAAAAAUGAAAGGAGAAAAACACAGCUAAAUACUACUUCAGGCUGUGAGAGAAAUAGCAUAAGCAAAAUGCCUGAGCAAAUCCAGGCCGUUUGAUCCGAACCAGAUCAUCUGACCCAACAGCCGCCCCUGUACCCGUGCCCUCCGCCGGCGAUGGCGAAGGCCCCGUCGUCCUCCGCGGCGGCGGCCGCCGGAGGCCGCGGCCCGGCCCACCACCGGACCCGGCUCCUCCUCCUGCUCCUGGUGGCCGUCGCCGCCUCCGCCUCCACCGCGGGGUUCCUCCUCCGCGGCGCCCUGCGCGACCCCUGCGACGCCCGUGGGGACCGCGCCACUGUCGCCGCCGCCGCGGGGAGUCCCCUCGAGUUCAUGAGGUCCAAGCUCGUGCUGCUUGUCUCCCACGAGCUCUCCCUCUCCGGUGGCCCACUUUUGCUGAUGGAGUUGGCGUUUCUUUUGAGGCAUGUUGGUUCGCAAGUGGUGUGGAUAACAAACCAGAGAUCAGAAGAAACAAAUGAUGUUACAUAUAGCUUGGAGCAUAAGAUGUUGAACCAUGGGGUGCAGGAAGGAGGGAGUAGAUCAUAUUUCAAGCAUCAUCCAAUAAGAUUAUUGAAUAAAGUUUUACCAGCUAGGGGGCAAGAGGCAGUUGAUACUGCUCGAAAAGCUGAUCUGGUUAUCUUGAACACUGCUGUCGCUGGCAAAUGGCUUGAUCCUGUUCUAAAAAACCAUGUUCCUGAAGUCCUUCCGAAGAUUUUGUGGUGGAUCCAUGAAAUGCGAGGGCAUUACUUUAAGCUUGAAUAUGUUAAACAUCUUCCAUUUGUUGCUGGAGCCAUGAUUGAUUCUCAUACAACGGCUGAAUAUUGGAAGAGCAGGACUAGCGACCGUCUGAAAAUACAGAUGCCACAAACUUAUGUUGUUCACCUCGGGAAUAGUAAAGAACUAAUGGAAGUUGCUGAAGAUGACAUUGCAAGAAGAGUGCUACGGGAACAUAUUCGUGAGUCCCUUGGAGUACGGAGUGAAGAUCUCCUGUUUGCAAUAAUAAACAGUGUAUCACGAGGAAAAGGACAAGACUUGUUUCUUCAGGCAUUUUAUCAGAGUUUGCAGCUCAUCCAACAGCAGAAGUUAAAAGUGCCUACGAUGCAUGCUGUAGUUGUGGGAAGUGAUAUGAAUGCUCAGACCAAAUUUGAGACUCAGUUACGUGACUUUGUGGUAAAGAAUGGGAUUCAUGACCGUGUCCAUUUUGUGAACAAGACAUUGGCAGUGGCUCCUUAUUUGGCAGCAAUUGAUGUGCUUGUUCAGAACUCCCAGGCCCGUGGCGAAUGUUUUGGAAGAAUAACAAUUGAAGCAAUGGCAUUCAAGUUGCCAGUAUUGGGCACGGCCGCCGGAGGGACCACGGAAAUCGUCCUGGACGGCUCGACUGCCCUCCUGCAUCCCGCCGGGAAGGAGGGUGUCGCGCCCCUCGCGAAGAACAUCGUGAGACUUGCGAGCCACGCCGAGCAGAGGGCCUCCAUGGGGAAGAAAGGCUAUGACAGGGUGAAGGAGAUGUUCAUGGAGCACCACAUGGCGGAGAGAAUCGCCUCGGUGCUAAGGGAAGUUCUGCAGAAAUCGCGGGAACACGCUCGUUCUUGAAUCUUGAACGUUGCCAUGCCCUGCCCACCCCCGUGCUAACAUAGAAUCCUAUUCCGAGGUUCGGACAUCAGACUCGAGGUAAACUGUAGAUUACGGCCUGUUCUACCUGUUGUUCUGCUUCGCGGUUUACUGUAUUCCAUUCAUUUCUGUACGGUUUCACCUAUUGGGGACAGUAACGACGGUUUAAAUUUCACACUGAAGUGCCUGCA